CUGCAAUUUGCUUGGGAUCCUAUAAUUAAUAAAAUUAAAUCCAAACCCAAGCAUACUACUGCAAGACUUCAAGAAACUGUAAGCUCUGCGCAUUCCAUUUCAGCUUCCUCCACGGGACGCCCCUCUGUAGGCGUUGGUGUCGCGGCGGCGGCGGCGGCGACAGUGACAGCGGCGGCGGCGGCAGUUGCAGCUGCGGCGGUGGCCAUAGAGGCGGUGGCGGCGGAGGAGGGCCCUCCCCUACCCGCGGCCUUGGCCUUGGCGGGUGACACGCAGGCCCUGCUUCCGGCCCAGUGA